AUGGGUCGCAAACCAAACCAGCUCAUCCUCGAGUUCUUCAUUCGCGGUCAGAAGCUCGAGGAUGCCAGUAACCGUUACCAGCACACGUGCAAGGCGUGUGGCGAGAAAUUUCCCAAGGGCCGUAUCGAUAGUUUGACCAACCAUCUGGUGAAGAAGUGUCAAGCUAUCCCGUUGCGUGAUCGACAACGCGUCUUGCUGCGUCUCCAUGAGCUCCCCGACCUUGCCGAUGGCGACCAGAACAAGGACCCGAAUCUUGCUGCACAGAAUAAAGGCAAGGGGGUGGAUCUGCCAUUUACCACGCGUCAGAAUUUCGAUGGCCUCAAUGUGCUGGCGGAGGCUUCGAGACAGGUCGGUGCUUCCGAUCAGGGCAAACGGGGCGGCCCUGCUGCAUACACCCAGUCGGUCACCGUUGGAGGUAAGACCGUCGUUGUUGACCCUGCGCUCGAAGCCGAGGGCUUUCAGGGUCACCCCGCCCAACCAGAACAUGCCGAGGAAGACGUGAAGCCACCUGUGACACCUCAAGCUUCCACUGCGACCCUACCAUCCCUUCCUAAUACUUCGCAAGUUGAUCAGCCGUCAUCCGCAUCUCCUCCGUUGGCGGAGGCUUCGUUGACGCCUGAUCCGGCGACUAACGCCCGUCAGUCACAGCUCUCCAUGAUCGCAGCUUCUGCUAGCGAGAUGGUGCCUCACGGGCUGCCGAUGGAUCAUGAUCCUAGCGAUGGACUGUCCAAAAUGGGUGCCCCGUGGAAUCAGCAGCUGUCGACUCAGGAACAACUGUUGUUCGACAGUCUUCAGGAGCAUGACCCUUCUUUGACUGCCGCGACGCAACGCGCCGCUACCUUCCCUCGUCCUAUCGCGAUGAAUCCCAACUCCCAGACGAAGGGGUUCGUCAACGAAUUUGGCAACUCGACCAAGCCGACAAAACCCAAAGUGCGCGGACGGUUUUCCGCUACCAGGCGUAGGGAGGUCCAGGAAGUCAGAAAGCGGGGCGCGUGUAUUCGGUGUCGGAUGUUGAAGAAACCUUGUUCUGGCGAUAGUCCUUGCACCACCUGUGCCAGUGUCGAGAGUGCGCGCCUGUGGAAGCACCCAUGCAUUAGAACGCGUAUUGCGGAGGAGUUUGAGCUGUACAACGCAAAUUUGCACGCCACCCUUGCUUACCACGAUGUGAGUAGCAUCCGAAACCAAAUCAAAUUUGAGCAUUACGCCGGGCGCAUUGAGGUUACACACUUCGAGGAGAGCAUGGUCUAUGUCACUUUUAGCGCUCUCCAGGGCCAUAAGCCGUCUGCAUCGACCCUCGAUCCCCAGCUUCAGGGUCUUGGAGACGACUCGCAGUUCCAGGGACCCCUCUCCGAGCUUUAUCUACUGGAUAGCGACUCGGAUGAUUUACCUGGCAAGCUUGAGAUGUACAUUAAGAAAACCGCGGCGUUCUUCUACGAGCGAGAAGCUUCAGACUUCAUGAGACCGACCCUGAUGCUAGCGGCUGAGUUGAGUCAACAGAAGAAGGAUGUAUUGCUAGAGCGAGUGCUGGAGUUGUGGGUAGCAACUCAUAUUCUUUCCGACUCCGAAUUAUCCUGGAAAAUAUUCUACAACCCCACGCUUCCUCCGACUUCAAUGAAUUCCCUCGCACAGCCCUCGGACGACGGGCGUAUGCCGAUCGAUCAGAUGAGCAGCGCCGAGUCUUACGCACUUCUGUGCUGCCAGUUGCGCGCGGCCACCGAGAAACGUGCGUCCCAGCUGAGCAAGUCGGUGAUGAAUGACCUCGAGCGACGACUACUCCAGCGCCAACAAAGUGGCUGGUUUGAGACAUUCUUGGUCUCCAUCAUACUGCUGAACUGUGUGGAGCGCACCUGCUGGCUGUUCCGCUCAUGGGACAACGAGGCUUUUUCGCAGCGGUGGCCAUUGGACAAGCGCCCUCCUUAUUAUGCAAGUCAGGGCGAUCGCUUUUCAGAUAUCUUGCACAUGCUGCUAAAGAUGCGCAGCUUGCCGCCCAAGGCCAGUCCCCGCCCCGACAACGGCGUUUUGAAGGCUGUGGAUGGGAGCGACGAGAACGCAUCUCGCUGGUUUGACAUGAUCAAAAUCACUCCUCUCUUCCUUGAACAGCGCCAGGCUACCGUCUUUGAUCCCAACGAUUCUCGCUCUCUCGAUCUUCAAUACGGAGCGAAACUGUUACCCCCUACAAAUGUUUACACAUGA